CAGUUCACUACCGCUCCGUCCGCGCGAAAACACGGUCUCUUUGCGUGUCGUCUUGGUGCUUCGGUGUCGCACGCACGCAAACGCACGCUAACGCACGCAAACACACAUGCGUCGUAAAGUGUCGGAGUGCGGGGAGUGAUGGUAACUAAAAUGACUUCUUAUACACGAGUGACUUAGUGCGGAUCUCAAAGCAAUGUUGAAGUGGAGAGUUCGUUCGCCUCUGUCCUUCCUGGGAUGCGAGCCGCCCUUGCAAGCCUCGCCUGCUAACGCCCGUGCCGAGGACAAGGACGCAAGGGCCGAGGGCGUGCAGGAGUCAGGGCUGCCGACGGUGGCCUCGAGCUCCUUCUCGGCUCCCGCGACUCCGGUGCCAAACAGGUCGUUCCUCCACCGAGCUUUUGUGCCAACGUCCCCCGCCUCCGUCGGCAUUGCGGAGGCCCUCGGAUUUUACGACGGGGGGCUGGGGGGGAAGAAGGCUCCUGCGGAAGACGCAGGUGCGGAGGCCUCUUUGCAUGCUGGGUCUCAGGAAGGCGACGGCAGAUCUCAUUGCCCGGAAGGACAAGACGGGGAGGUUCAGGCCGAUCAGAAGUGUGGCGCCCUUCCCCGCGAGAGUCAGUGUCAAGAUGAGGGUCAAGGAGAAGGGAAGCAGGCCGCCCGGGGUCAGGGACAGGAUCCGGGACAAGGGCAAGCAAAGCAAAUUAGUCAGACCGACGCGCAACUGCAGGAUGCCAAACCUCUGAGCGAAGAUGCCAACGCCAAAUCAAUUUCUCCUAAUGUCGCCGAAGAAAAGGUCCCGGACUCACACUACUCUCAACCCCGUAAUAACAAACCCAUUACGUCACCAGAGACGGGGACCUUGCCACGCCCCCCUCCGUCCAAGCCGCUCCUGAGGUACUUCUUCGGCACGAUGGACAACCACAUCUUGAGGACCAGCCACGAGCGCCGCGGUCGGCCCAACGCCCACGCCAACGAAAGCCUGGAGGACCGCCACUAUGCUCAGCCCCGAAGUAACAAGUGCGUCAAUUGCAAGAAAAACAGCAACGCAGAAGAGCCCGUUACCCGCCGCGUCUGUGGCGUGAAAUCGCUUCCGCUGACCCUGGAAAGAAAAAAGAGCAAGAGCACCUUCUACGUCGAUGUACCUGACAUAUCUUCGCCCAAAACGACGGAUCGAAAGAGCGAUCAACGGAAUUGCUGUUGCGCCGGCGGUUGCGGUCGCGCGGAGGGAGACCAGCGGGAUAAAGCGAUCAAGGAGGAAAGUGGGAAGAAACUGCCGAUCGACCCUAGCGAUCUCUAUAGCAAACCGCGAAAGCGACGCGGCAAACCGGGAAACCCUCCCGGCGAACGAGCCAAAUCACCUCCGAAGCAGUGUACCGAACCACAGACGUACGAUGCUUCGAACCGCAAAAAUGAAGCGAACAAUCCUACUACAAAGCAGUGCAGUGAACCAAAGAACCAACUGUGUGAUUCUGUUAGUCAUUAUAGUGAACCACGGAAGACAUGCAUCGAAGUAAAGCCACACCAAAGUGAAUCUGUUAGUCAUUAUAGCGCACCCCGUAGGCAUUCAAAGGAGCCAAAGAACCUAUUAGUCGAGUCUGUUAGCCAUUAUAGUGAACCCCGAAAGCAAAGCACCGAACCAAAGAACCCCAUGAGCGAAGCGAGUAGUCACUACAGCCAACCCCGAAAAACUAUUUGCGAUUCGGCGAACCUCUCGGCCGGACCGCGAGCACAGUGCGCCGUCGGGGUAGCGACUCAGACGAACCCAGAGGACUUUGUCGAAACGCUUUCUUCGAAACGUCUCGAAGGUAAGUCUCAAGACGAGUCGACGCGAACAACGGAAGAGACCGAAGGCGAGAAAUGUCAGAAAGUCGAGGCUUACGAGUACGAGCCGCUCGACGUCACGAGAGGGUCGGAGAAGCAUCUCGACGACGCUCUCGACUUCCGAGACGCUCUCGGCUACAAGAGGGCGAGGGAGAUCCGGAAAUUAAAGGGCAAAUCGGGAAAGGAAGGAGAAGAAAAGACAAAGAACAGAAAACAGAAAGCUAAAGAUAACGAAGGGAAAAGCGGGACAGGGAGAGGGAAGAAAGGAGAGGCCAGAUCCAAGGAGGUUCCUGAAGACCCAGCAGGCCCUUCGAAGAGAUCGCGGAGGCUGACGCGAGACGAGAUCGUAAGGAAACUCAAAAGCAUCUAUCGGAUUGAGCCAAGUAUCCCCUCCUCUCCCUCCUCCUCUACCGCCUCCCCCCCUCCCCCAACCGCAGACAAGAGUAACGACGCGUCUACCUCUUCUUCUGUCAUCCGCCCAUGCUACAACACCUUCCCACGCCCGCGCCCACGACCACGCCCAGCCACGCAGACGAGCCCCCUCAUCAGCUCUGAGAGUAUCCCAGACGGGGCAUACGUCGAUCUUUUUCCCGUCUUGAAUAUGUCGGCUUUGCAACUUGCAGCCGAGGGGAGGGACUACCUCAUGUGGUGCCCCGAUCAAGAAUUCGAUCACGCAGUCGCCGCCUUGGACAUCCGGGGCUUGGUGGAACUGGUGCAAACUUUACAAGAUGCUAUGGCCGUAGAACAGCAAACAUUCGACAGCCUAACACAGCAACUGGAACUAGUCACUGACCCUCUCCAACAGCAGAGGCUGUCUGCUGCUCUGUGUACUUCCCAGACGAGACUGGCGAGGCUCUGCUCCAGAAAUAUGAGAUGUUUCACACAGCAAGCUCUGAAGGCGCGGCAGAAGGAUUCCCCCGAGAGCAGGUCCUCCAGCCCUCGCGACUCCGGCCUCGUGAUGUCCUCCGCGGCAGCCUCAGACGCGGAGGCCGAUCCUCGCUCUCCCACCGGCGGCGCCUCCUUCAAGAACUCCCUGGCGUUCUUCCAAAGGGCGGCUCAUCUCGUGGCCAAUAACACCAAGAACUCACACAUGGGAAACCGCCAGAAGGAGUCCAGACGAAGGUCAUCUCGAGGCAGCAGCUGUUAUGGAAGCAGCAGUAGCGAGGCUUGGAGCGUGACCUCGGAUGACCCCAACGGAGUCUCCUCUGACCUCAUCAACGGCUACGGGUUAGGAGGAGGUGGAGGAGGAAGUGGGGAUUACCUGGAGGACGAGCUCAACACCUUGGAGGACCAGGGAACCUACGAGCAGGUGCUCUUCAUCAACGGUCGGCCUCAGUACCAGGACGAUGUGAGUUCGCCCAGCGGAGAACGGAGCAGGAGCAGUAGUUACACGCGAGUGCGGAUAGAUGGCAGCAGCGGCAGCUCCGUGGUCGUGUCCGCAGCGGGCCCCGCCUCCGACCCGCAGCCGCAGUCAGUCGCUCACAGCUACGGCUCGUUACCUAGACGCUCCUCCGCAGCCUCUCACGCCGCCGCAGCCGCCGAGUACACAGCCGCAGCAGAGGCGCAGACGCAGACGAGUGAGGGUGACUUUAGCGGUUAUGUGACGCUGCCAAGGAGGAAGCCAUAUUUAAAUUUUAAGAGUGUGUCGUGUGGUUCAAAUGCGAGUAAUAGUGUUGGUUCGGAAGCUUUAAGGAGGGACUCAAUUGUUAUUCUAACGAGUAUAGCAACACUGCGUACGGCUUAUCGAGAACGCAGAGCUUCCACGAUGGCCUAG